AUGAAGAUCCACCGCGACCAGCGCGAGUACGCCUGUACCGAGUGCGGGAGGCGUUUCAACCAGCGCGUCGCCUACAACACGCACGUGCGUAAACACACCGGAGAGCGGCCCCACCGCUGCACCGUCUGCAGCGAGACCUUUUACCGCAAGGCGCUGCUCAGUCAGCAUAUGGAGAACCACACCAAAGAGAAGCCCCUAGCCUGUCUGGAGAGCGGCAAGUGCUUCUCGGAGAGCAGCAACAAGGCGCAACACGAGAGUUCGCUCUCGGGCCUGCCGCCGUACGUGUCCGAGCGCUGCCUUUGCAGCUCCUCCCAGGACCACUUGUGCUCUCACGUCGCCUGUCACGCGGGCACCGCCCCAGCAGCCGGCAGACGCCGGUCUGCAGGAUCGUCCACUCCUUCCGGCGCCCUCGGUCCGUCGCGCAGCACCAGCGUCAUUAUCAGCAUGCCGCCGCCUACGAUACCCGACCGUACGGUCUCCGCUGAGGCGUCGCACCCACCAACGCCUCCGCGACAGCCGCCGCAGCCACAGCCGUCGCUGUCGCUACCUUGCGAGAACAUCGACGUCGGCGCAUCAAGAGUUCAUUGCCACAUAAUGGAGCCAAAGGGAUCGUAG